AUUCAUACACACUUCCAAAGUGCAACUUUUGUGUUGGCUGCGCUGAUUAAUCUAAAUAACCAUAACAAUGAGCGUAGAUUAGUUAAUGUCGCUUGAUUGUGAACUUUGACUAACAGCAGCACUUGCGAUAUUUUACAAAAUGUCUUACCAAGGCUAUCAGAAGCUGCUUGUGGAAAAGCAGGACAAAAUAGUGGUUGUUAAAUUUAAUAAUCCAGCGAAGAAGAAUUGUCUUAAUCUUCCAAGUUAUGUGGAAAUAACGCGAGUCUUACGAGAGGUUAACGAGGAUGAGAGCGUGACGAUUGUCGUGUUCACCGGCGUGGGGGAUUAUUUCACAGCCGGCAACGAUUUGUCCCAAACUGGCGAUGAUGUCCAGGCUUAUCUACAGAACUCCAAUAGCAUAUUCAAGGAUAUGGUGCUUAGCUUUAUCGACUGCAAGAAGCUGAUCUUUUGCUUGGUAAACGGACCGGCUAUUGGCAUUGGAGCCACUAUUGCGGGCCUAAGUGACGUGGCGUGGUGUACAGAGCAGGCUUACUUCCUAACCCCGUUUAGCAAGCUGGCUUUGGUGCCGGAAGGGUGUUCGUCUUACCUUCUGCCGCUAAUUGUGGGGCGUUCGAAAGCCACAGAGCUGCUGUUACUAAACGAACCGCUUUCUGCGCGGGAGGCCUAUCAGUUUGGUUUCGUCUCGCGCGUCUUUAAGCUCGAUGAGCUGGACACUGUCGCCUGGCCCAAGAUACGCAUAUAUGCCGCUUUGCCGCCAAAUUCCUUGCGCGAAAGCAAACGACUUAUGCGCUUACACGAGCGCGAGAGUUUGCUUAGAGCGAAUGAGGCUGAGGCCAAGGAGCUUUUAAAUUGUACACAAAGCAGUGAAUUCUUUGAGGCAUUGAUGAAUUUUGCAAUGCGUAAGAACAAGUCCAAGUUGUAAAUAUAAAUUAAGGUCCAAACAGGACGUUUCAAUCUCAAAAUGCA